AUGGCGCGAUGGAACGACGACCGUCCAUUCGCGCCAGAAAGGCCGCCGCCGCCGACGACGACGUUCGAGUGGAACAGCAUACUGCGGCGGUCCCCGCCCCGCGAGGCGCUGGCCCUCUACGCGCAGUGGAUGACGCGGCUCCCCCUGGGCCGGGGCCGGGGCGGCGCGAAACCCAACAAGUUCACCUUCACCUUCCUCCUCCGCGCCUCCCGCUGCGUCCCCCGCGCCGUCCCCCUCCUCCACGCCCACCUCACCAAGCUCUCCCUCCUCCUCCCCGACCCCUUCCUCCGCUCUUCCCUCAUCUCCGCCUACGCCUAUGCUCGCCCCUCCCCCUCCUCUUCCCUCCUCCUCCGCCUCUUCGCCCUCCCCCCGCACGCCGCCCACGACCCCGUCCUCCGCACCUCCCUCCUCUCCGCCCUCGCCCGCUGCGGCCGCCCCGACGACGCCCGCAGGGCGUUCGACGAUAUGCCCCGCCCCACCCCCGUCUCCUGGGCCGCCCUCGUCUCCGCCUACGCCCGCGCCGGCCGCCCCGCCGACGCCCUCGCCGCGCUCCGCCGCGCGCGCCGCGCCGGCGCCCCGCCCACCGAGGCCGCGCUCGUCUCCUCGCUCUCCGCCGCCGCCGCCCUCGGCGCGCUCGCCGAGGGCGAGCGCGCGCACCGCGACGCCGUGGCGCGCGGGCACCCCCUCUCCCCCGCGCUCGGCACCGCGCUGCUCGACAUGUACGCCAAGUGCGGCCGCGUGGGCGCGGCCCGCAGGGUGUUCGACGAGAUGCCCGCGCGCGACGGGGCCGCGUGGACGGCCAUGGUCGCGGCGCUCGCGGCGCACGGGCGGGGCGCCGAGGCGCUGGGGCUCUUUGAGGAGAUGGUGCGCCGCGGGGUGCGCCCCGACCGCGUGGCGUACGUGGGCGCGCUGCACGCGUGCAGCCACGCGGGGCUCGUGGGCGAGGCGCGGGCGCUCCUCGAGCGCAUGCGCGCGGCGCACGGGAUCGAGCCGGGCCCGGAGCACUACGGGUGCGUGGUGGACGCGCUGGGGCGCGCGGGGAGGGUGGAGGCGGCGUGGGAGCUGGUCCGGGCGAUGCCCGUGGAACCCGACGAGCGGGUGCUCAAGGCCCUUCUGAGCGCGAGCUGCGACCGCGGCUUCGCGCCGUGCGCGGAGUGGGCGGCGGAGCGCCUCACGCGCGCGGGCACGGCCUCUGUGGCGUCGGCGUACGUGAUGCUGGGGAAUAUGUACGCGGCGAUGGGGCGCUGGGACGAGAGCGCGAGGGCGAGGAAGAUGAUGCGGUUCUGCGGCGUGCCCAAGUCGCCCGGUUGGAGCUCCAUCGACUGA